CCCGGCGCCUGCGGCCGGGCGCAGUAGCCAUCCCUCAAAGAGGAAUCCCCACCCGCUGCAAGCUCCUCUCCUUUCCUCUCGCCCCCCCCCCCCCCUUCAUCACCACACGCAGUCGCCAGGAUGUCCGGCAGCGACAGCGACGACGAUUUCCAGCUGAGCGCCAGCACCCUGGCCGCCUUGGCCGCUUUCCGCGAUGAGCAGCAGCAGCUGGAGGACCGCUUCCAGAAGCUCCAUGACGACGCGGACUCCCGGUUCAAGUCCGGCAUGGAGGCCAUCCCGGAGGACUGGCAACUGUCCCAAUUCUGGUAUGAUGACGCCACGGCCGAGGACCUGUCGCAUCUGGCCAAGCAGGCGGCCGAGCGCAGCGCCGCUGCCGGCCACCCGGGGGAGAUCGUCUUCCUCAGCUCGCCGACGGCUUACGUCAAGUUCAAGGAGCUCUAUCCCGACACGCCGGCCUGGCUGCUGGAGUAUGACACCCGCUUUGCGGUCUACGCGCCGGAGUUCGUGCACUACGAUUACAAUCAGCCGGAAACCUUCAGCCCGCUGGAGCCCGGCAGCGCGGCCGUCAUUGUGGCUGAUCCGCCCUUCCUCAGCGAGGAGUGCCUGACCAAAACCUCGGCCACGGUCCGGGCCCUGUCGCGGCCGGCCGGCCAGCCCAACACCCAUGUGGUUCUGUGCACGGGCUUGGUGAUGCGCCCGCUGGCUCGGGAGCUGCUCGGUCUGGAGAUGACCCGCUGGCGUCCGGGACAUGCGAAGAUGCUUAGCAAUGACUUCCGCUGCUAUUCCAACUUUACGGACACCGACUUCGGCCAGCGCACCCUGCGCGGCCCGGCCCUGCCGGAGGACGAGAUCGGCGACUGAACGUGGGGAAAGCCACUCCCUCCGCCCCUCUCCACCUCCUCCGUCUAUGUGCCUAUAUGUGCCUGUGUGUGUGUGUGUGU